AUGGCAACACAAACCACCUUGUCCGCGAGCAAUUCAGUGGAUCAUUCACAACACGCUGAUUCCACAACAACACAGACACAAUCUAUUCUACCCACAGUAGAACCAUCAACACCAACACAAAGUACAACAUCUGUGGUUUCACCAACACAAAGACCAACACAGACCACAGUUGUAACCACACAGUCAGCAACUUCAACAGAAUCUACCCCAUCUGUAACAACUACAUCAGUGGCUUCACAAACGUCAGUGUCAUUAACAACAGAACAACCCACAGCAAUGACUACAACAAUACAAACUACACCAUCUGUGGAAACAGCAUUUACAACAACAAGACAAUCUAUUCCAUCCACAAUAGAAUCAUCAACAACAGAACAACCUACAACUGAAAGACAUACUAAUGAACCAACAGCAAUUCACAACACAUCAACGCAUAGUGGAUCAGUGACUACAACAACACAAACUACACCACCUUUGCCAACAGCAUUCACAACACAAACUCUUUCCACAGCUGCUCCAUCACAAUCUAUUCCACUCACCACAGAGUCUACAACACCAUCACAAAUUACAGUUGUACGCACACAAUCAGCAACUUCAACAGAUGCUGUGCCACCUGUAACAACUACAUCAGUGACUUCACAAACAACAUCAGCAUCAUUAACAACAGAACAACCCACAGCAAUGACUACAACAGUACAAACCACACCAUCUAUGCCAACAACAUUCACAACACAAACUCUAUCCACAGCUGCACCGACACAAUCUGUUCCACUCACAACAGAAGCAGCAACGACAUCAACACAAACUACACCAUCUGUGGUUUCACUGACACAAAGACCUACGCAAAUGAUAGCUGUAACCACACAAUCAGCACAAACUACAAGAUCUGUGACAACAGAACCAGACACAUCACAAACAUCAACAUCAGCAUCAUUAACAACAGAACAACCCACAGCAAUUACAUCAGCAAUACAAACUACACCAUCUGUGGAAACGGUGUCCACAACAACACCAACACAAUCGUCUUCACUCACAACAGAAUCAUCAACAACACCAACACAAGUUACAGCUGUAACUACACAAUCAGCAACUUCAGCAGAGGCUGUACCAUCUGUAACAACAGAAUCAGCCACAUCACAAACAUCAACAUCAGCAUCAUUAACAACAGAACAACCCACAACUGCAAUGCACACUGCUGAACCAACAGCGAUCCAAAACACAUCAACACACAGUGGAUCAGUGACCACAACAUCACUAACUACACCACCUGUGGAAACAACAUUCACAACACACACUGAUUCCACAACAACACAGACACAAUCUAUUCUACCCACAGUGGAAUCAUCAACAACACCAACACAAAGUACAACAUCUGUGGUUUCACCAACACAAAGACCAACACAGAGCACAGUUGUAACCACACAGUCAGCAACUUCAACAGAAUCUACCCCAUCUGUAACAACUACAUCAGUGGCUUCACAAACAUCAGCAUCAUUAACAACAGAACAACCCACAGCAAUGACUACAACAAUACAAACUACACCAUCUGUGGAACAG